AUGUCUGACUUAAGGAGUGUGUGUGUGCUGCUGCUGAUGCUGGGCUGCUGGGCUGAGGACGUGCAGGAGCCGUCUGUGUCUGAGCUGCUGUGGAAGGCCAACAAAGACAAGGUGCGCUCAGACAGAGAGCCGCUUGUGAUCGAUGACAUCGCCUAUGACUCAGAGGGGCAGAGGAAUGCUGACCCCUGCACCUCUGGAGGGAGAUGCAUGUGGCCCAAGUCCGCCGACGGGAAAGUCUACGUGUCCUACACCAUCGCUGGACACUACUCCUCGCGGGAGCGCUCCAUCAUUGAGAGAGGGCUGAACUCUUUCACUGAGUCCACUUGUGUACGCUUCACCAGAAGAACGAGCCAACGGGACUACAUCAACAUUCAGUCUGACAGCGGAUGUUACUCAUAUGUGGGGCGCCGUGGUUACAGUCAGACCGUGUCUCUGGAUAAGCAGGGCUGUCUGUACCACAGUACAGUGCAACACGAGCUGCUGCACGCUCUGGGUUUUAACCACGAGCAGUGCAGGUCUGACCGCGACCAGUACAUCAAGGUCCUGUGGCACAAUAUACAGAAUGGUUGGGAGUAUGCAUUUGAUAAGAUCAACACCUUGAACCAGAACACGCCCUAUGACUACAACUCUGUUAUGCAGUACCACAAAUACGCAUUUAGUGGGAACAACCAGCCCACCAUGCAGCCCUACCCCAACGCCAACGUAGAGUUUGGGAAAUCCACACAGAUGAGCCGGAACGACAUCCUCCGUGUCAACCGCCUCUACAAGUGCUAG